UGCUGUCCAAAAUAAUAAUUGCAAAAGAAAAAAGGCAGAGAAGAAGAAGAAGAGAGAGAGAUAGAAAGAAAGGCCUUGGGGAAGAAAUAUCAAACCUCCCUCUUCCCCAUCAUUGGCUUUUUUCUUUGUUUGUUUUCUAAGUAAUUUUUGCAUUUCAUUUUGGCUUCUUACGGGCUAUUUCAGAUCGUGAUGAAACUAGCUUUGGUUAUGUGAAGAACUGUGAUUUUUUAUAUUUCGAUUGAAGAGGAGGGGGUUUGAAUUUCAUUUGGUGACAAAAUGGGGGUUAUGUCAAGACGGGUUGUGCCCGCCUGUGGUAGCCUGUGUUUCUUCUGUCCUUCACUGAGGGCAAGGUCAAGACAGCCCGUUAAGCGAUACAAGAAGUUGCUUGCUGAUAUCUUGCCGCGUAAUCAGGAGGCUGAACCAAAUGAUAGGAAAAUCGGGAAGCUUUGCGAGUAUGCUUCAAAGAACCCAUUACGAAUUCCCAAGAUUACUGAUACCCUGGAGCAAAGAUUUUACAAGGAGUUGCGGCAUGAGAACUUUGGAUCUGUAAAGGUUGUGGUGUGCAUUUAUAGGAAAUUGCUAUCGUCAUGUAAGGAGCAGAUGCCUCUAUUUGCCAGUAGUUUGUUGAGCAUUGUUCGGACUCUUUUGGAGCAAACUGGGAAGGAUGAUUUACGGCUUCUGGCUUGCGAUGUUCUUGUUGAUUUUAUAAGUUGCCAGAUGGAUGGCACAUAUAUGUUCAACUUAGAAGGCCUCAUUCCUAAGCUCUGUCAAUUAGCACAAGAAGCUGGAAAUAACGAAAGAACUCUACGUUUGCGUUCAGCAGGGCUGCAAGUGCUGGGCUCCAUGGUGUGUUUCAUGGGUGAGCAAGCUCACAUCUCGAUGGAUUUUGACAGUAUUAUAUCAGUCACUUUGGAGAACUACAUUGAUUUCCAAAUGAAUCCAGAUACAAUGGAAGAUCAAUGGGUUCAAGGUGUGCUUAAAACAGAAGAUAAUGGCUCAUCUUUCCCAGACAUAAGCAAGAAGGUUUCCUUAUCAGACCUUACAACCAAGCCUGAAUUGGACCUUGCAAUGGAUACUUCCAAGAGUCCAUCUUACUGGUCUAGGGUAUGUUUAUGUAACAUGGCUAGACUUGCGAAGGAAGCUACAACAAUACGACGUGUUCUUGAACCUCUAUUCCAGAACUUUGAUGCUAACAAUCACUGGUCCCUAGAAAAAGGAGUUGCCUAUCCUGUUCUGACAUUUUUGCAGUCACUUCUGGUUGAAUCAGGAGAAAACUCGCAUUUGCUAUUAUCUAUCCUGGUCAAGCACUUGGAUCAUAAGAGUGUCGCCAAACAACCACUUUUACUGGUAGACAUUGUUAAUGUCACAGCACGACUUGGACAAAGUGCAAAGCAGCAAGCCACAGUUGCUAUCAUUGGUGCAAUAUCUGACUUGAUGAAACAUUUACGAAAGUGCCUGCAAAAUUCUUCUGAAUCAUCCAGCCCUAGGGAUGGUAGCGAUGAAACGAAUGCUGAUCUUCAGGUUGCCUUGGAAAACUGUAUUGCACAGCUCUCAAAUAAGGUGGGGGAUGUGGGACCCAUACUUGAUACGAUAGCUGUGUUCUUAGAGAAUAUUUCAGCCACUACUGUUGUAGCUAGAACAACUAUCUCGGCUGUUCACCAAACUGCACGGAUUAUCUCUUCCAUCCCUAACAUAUCAUAUCACAAAAAGGCUUUUCCUGAUGCUUUAUUCCAUCAAUUGCUUGUAGCAAUGGCCCACCCAGACCAUGAGACUAGAGUUGGAGCACAUAGUGUCUUCUCUAUCUUGCUUAUGCCAUCCUUGCUUUCUCCUUGGUCAGACCAGAAUAAGAAAACCUCUGAAGCUGUUUCUGGGUUUUUUGGUCCAUCCGCAUCACAAAAGAGGAGUAAAAGUUUCUCCUUUCAGGAUGAAAGCCAAGAUAAUGUUGAUUCCAUGGAUGGAAAAUCAUGGGAAGAAGGCAAUCCAAUAUCAGAUAACAGUGGAAAACAUGAUUCUCAUGAUCGUUCAAACAGCUUCAAGCAUGCGGUCUUAGAUGGAAAAACACUAACUUCCCUUCGAUUGAGUAGCCAUCAAGUCAGUCUUCUGCUUUCAUCAAUAUGGGUUCAGGCAACAUCUGCAGAGAAUAUGCCCGCAAAUUUUGAGGCCAUGGGCCAUACUUAUAACAUUGCUUUGCUUUUCACACGAUCUAAGACCUCAAGUCACGUGGCUCUAGUUCGGUGUUUUCAGCUGGCAUUCUCACUUAGGAGCAUCUCUCUGGAUCAAGAAGCAGGUCUGCAGCCAUCUCGCAGAAGGUCCCUCUUCACCUUGGCAUCGUUCAUGCUUAUUUUUGCAGCAAGGGCAGGAAAUCUCCCAGAGCUAAUUCCUUUUGUUAAAGUCUCUCUAACGGAAAAAACAGCUGACCCUUAUCUUGAAUUGGUUGAAGAUAUCAAGCUGCAAGCUAUUUAUGUAGAAUCUGAUGAAGGGAAAAUAGCAUAUGGUUCAGAGGAUGAUGAUGUUGCUGCUUUAAAAUCUCUCUCAUGCGUAGAAGUAGAUGAUAGUCAUUUGAAGGAAACCCUGAUAUCCCGAUUUAUGACAAAAUUUGUCAAAUUAUCAGAGGAUGAGUUAUCAGGCAUAAAACAGCAACUUCUACAGGAUUUUUCACCUGAUGAUGUAUAUCCUUUAGGAGCUCCCCUGUUUAUGGAUACACCUAGGCCAUGUUCCCCUCUUGCCCGAAUGGAGUUUCAGGCAUUUGAAGAGAUUAUGCCUGCAGCUGCCUUGACGGAUGAUGAAACCUUCACGGAACUUAAUGGAAGCCAGUCAGGUCGCAAAACAUCAAUAUCUGUCCAUACACUUGACAUUCUAAGUGUCAAUGAACUUCUGGAAUCAGUCCUGGAAACUGCUCGACAAGUUGCAAGCUCCCAGGUGUCCUCUACACCUGUACCUUAUGACCAAAUGAAGAGUCAGUGUGAAGCUCUCGUUACUGGUAAACAGCAGAAAAUGUCUAUUCUAAGUUUUAAGCAUCAACCGGAAGCCAAGGUUUUCCCCAGCACAGAUGAAAAGAAGGACACCUCAGUACAUGAUGUGAAAGUGGAGUUGUCGCAAUGUGAUCUAACAUUAGCUACGAAGGAUCAAAUUAGAGCACCUGAUCAACUCGCCCUCUGCUCACUCGAGUACGGACAAAAUUCUUUCAGAUUACCACCUUCAAGCCCUUAUGACAAAUUUUUGAAGGCGGCUGGAUGUUGAAGAGUGUUCAAUACUUGCGUAUGACUACAAUGUUUGUCUAAUUUAUCUUUUCAUCAGGCAGUUAUCCUUUUCCUCUUCCGCAAUUCUUUAUCAUGGAAGCUUGCCAUUUUUAGCUUUACAUGUAAAUGUUAGCCGGUCUGAUUACUAAUGUGGAGAAGAGAGAAGUUAGUAUGGGGAAAAUGGGUGGUUUUCAUCUACUCCUACAUUGUUUUCAAUAUCCAUAGCAAGAUUUGUUAAUAUCUUGACAGGAGCAAGUGUUCAUACUAAAUUUGUUGAUUGUUAUGUGCAUAUACUACAUAUAUUUGUAUAAUAGACAUCUACCUUGCUAAGUUUCUCUUGACA